AGAGCAUGCGUAGAAAAUUCAUUGUCAUAGUUACAAUCCGAAGGUUAUAGGUCAUUCUUAUCUGCUGCAGAUAUGCAUGCGUACUCCGAUAAAAAAUAUCAUGAACGGUUGUAUAGAAAUAACUACGAUUUAAUUUUCCGUAUUUUAAUUCAACCUGCCGUGAUUUUUUUUGCGAUUACGAUAUUCCCCCAUAGCUGGGUGUUCAACCUAGUGCUACAGCUUCGUGGAUACCCCUACUCUCUCGACUCUGUAGGCUUUGCUUGCUAUCUCGAUACAGCGCUAUAACGCUGGAAAAAGCUGUUCUAGAUUUACGAAUAAGCAAUUACUCUGAUUGUGAGCAGUGCAACAAGUCGAGUUAGUCUAGGAUUAUGCGAGUUCGUAUAAAGCAUUUUCAAUCUUCAAUAUUAUUCCCACAUCUGAUAUAAUACUGAAAAAUCCGAGCUGGUAUCGAGAUGUCUAAGCUAGCAAGCUUUUAUGGGCUGGUCGGCCUAGGAUCUCUAUGUUUGGUAUUUUUAUUCUUCAACCAAAGGUACGGCAGCCCAAUGAAGCAUCGAAUACAACCGAUAUUAGCAGUGGGACGAUCCUGGGAGGAUUUUGAAACAACACCAGAGCCCUAUGAAUUUGAGGAACCAGUAUCGAACGCACCUGUCGUCAAGGAAGCUGAUGAUUCGGUUGCCACGUUGAACGAAAUACAGCAAGUCCUUAAUCUGCAACGAAGGAUGAUUCGCGACGAUAUGAUAGGUUACCAAUAUCCCAAUGGCAGAUACAAUAAAAGUGCCAAAAGACUUGAAGAUUUAGUGAUGGAAAAAAAUGGGAAACCAAUCAGAAGUGUCAUUAUAACAACAUGGCGUAGCGGAAGUACGUUUCUCGGCGACGUUCUCACGGCACAUCCCGGGGUCUUUUAUCACUAUGAACCGCUUUUAGAUUUUGACAUUGUUCAAAUUCGAGGUCCUCCCUUGGCCAGUCAAGCUUUAAGAAAUCUUAAAGCGCUACUGAACUGCGAAUACGAAGAUCUAGAUCACUAUAUACAAUUUGGAAGGGGCCAUUCUUGGCUUUUGAAUCAUAACUCACCACUGUGGAAGCAAUGCCAAUCUCACAGAAGAAUCUGUUAUAAUCACAGAUUUCUUAGCGGAAUGUGUAAACUUUUUCCAUUUCAGUCAAUGAAGCUUGUCCGCCUCAGAUUACGUGUUGCGCAACAACUUCUUGCCGAUGAAAAAUUAGCUGUAAGAUUGAUUCUCUUGGUGAGGGAUCCCCGUGGGACUCUUCAGUCGAGAAAACACCGUUCGUUUUGCCGCGAAAGUCCGGACUGUUCAGACCCAAGUUUACUCUGUGCAGAUAUGGUGUCAGAUUACAACGCCGCAGUGGAAUUGCAGCGGAAAUAUCCCUCUACAUUUAGGGUGAUACGAUACGAAGAUCUGGCUGUUGAGCCUUAUAAACACGUGGAAGAACUUUUUAAAUUUUAUGGCCUCGACUUUCACCCGAGUGUGAAGAGGUUUCUAGACACUCAUACAAAAAAUGACGUCGGCGGUGUGUCCAGUACAUACAGAAAUUCGAAAGCGGCACCUUUUCACUGGAGGGCGGAUUUAGAAUUUGAAGAAGUCGAAGAAAUUCAACGAAAUUGCGUUGUCGCUAUGAAACACUGGGGUUACGUGCAUGCAAUCAACGCUUCUCAUCAAAGAGAAUUCAAUCCCAUAACAGAUUACGUGCUACGUUUGUGACACACUGCGUCGAAGUCUGUAGCGAUAUCAGAAUGUUAUUUCAAAUUGAAUGUACAUCUCAAACGAGAGUUACAGAUUUAGCAGGUUAGUCAAAAUUAUUAACAGCACCAAUUUGUUAUUAUUCAAAAUUUGACUACCGUACACAGGUUCUUGUGGUUUCGGAAUGCGUGCAUGCCAGUAUUCCGGCACCUCAAAGAUUUAUUUUUCCAAAGGUAAAAGUAAAGAUAUAAGUAAAGAAAAGGAAAUACACGAAAAAUGUGAGAAAACAAUGACAGAAAACAUGACAAUAUCAUGACACUUACAUACAGUCAAAUGAAUUUGUAAUUAUUAUUCAAUCAUGGUUCAACAAGGUAUAACUCUCACCUUUUACUUUUGGGAUCAUAGGUAUUAUUAUAUAAGCAGUAUUACGGGCGAUUCUUUUUUCUGUACAUGUGAAUCUACUUUUUUCCAUGAACAAAUUUUGCACCGUUAGAUUAAAACUCAAAGUCAGACUACGCGAAAGCUUUGAAGUGCCCUUUGCGUAUCAAGCCAUGCUACCAGUGUUUAUUACCAGUAUUGUUCACACGUUAGGGAGAAAAAUAAAAUAUGGAUCUGACGUGGCAAACAAGCACACGCAAAAAGACACAAAUUUACGCGACAUGGAUCCUGUGAUCUCGCGAUGCUCACCUCGUCGGUACAUUUCAAAGGUUGUACACGCGAACGAAUUAAGAAAAUAUGACAAAUUAUUGAUAAUGAAUAACGAAUCGGAUGUUCAGUUUCAUCAGGUACAAAAUUUUGAAUACUAUCCGAGGAUGUUUUAGUUACUUUAUUUCGGACAGCCAGAGUGUCCUAACGAUCACGAAAUUAUUGCACGACUAUUAAAAACAUCAACGAUUAUUCAAUGUAGCUGGACUGCAGAAUAUGGUAGCUUGAGUUAACAUUAUUUAAGUUUACCAAGCUGUGAUUAGAGUCAAUUUUCCUGAUACAUAAGUCGUGUAAUUCGCGAAUGUUUAGAUAUUUCAUCUAUUUUGUAGGUAUUUACAAGUCUAUUAUCAUCAAUAGUUUUAUUUCAUUUUACUUUUCCAAAUAUAAAUCGUGAACUAAACGGUACACGAUUCACCAAAUUGUUCGCUGCUCGUUUGGCACAUAGAAUCGUUCGUACAGUAAUUACAUCGCUCAAAAUUACUUCAUUCCCUGCGCCAAUUUCCGAUUGGGCAUUGAAUUCAAAUGAACAGAUAUGCAUCGUUUCUCCGACGCGAGAAGAAUCCUCGGCUACAUACGGAAAACAUAUCAUUGUGAAAGACACUUUUCCGGUCCUUGUUAUUUCUUGUUUGAGUCCCAACGAUUACUUGGCAGAGUUAUGAAAGCUCAAUUAAGCACGAUAUAUUUCAAAUAUUAUUAGCAUAACUGGCACGGCAUAUAUAGUAUGAUCGAAAGUCAUUUGACGAAUAUAAUUGAAAGUUACACGAAAAGCAUGCCAGUACUUGAAGUAAAUGAGUAAAAAAUUAAAAAAAAAAAAAGAAAAGCAAAAAUAUUUUCAUGGUAGAAAAGUAACGAAGCACGCGAACAUUCCUCUCUAUCGUAUAACGCUUACAGAGUCCCGAGUCGGUAGAAUAAAUUCAAUUAACGCAUCACACAACAUUAAAUGUAAUUUUGUAGUGUUUAAAAAAUUCGAAAACGCAAAGAAUGCAACAAUUCCUUGUCGAUCAUUCAGAAGACAGCCAAAUAUCUUCAAUGUCGUAACCGUAGUGCCUACCCUAAUGAUCUAUUAUUGUCAAAUUAAUCCGAGUACCUAUCGUAAUGUAACAAGUAUAUGGUGUCUUGAAAAUUUCCGGUCGAAGUUUUUCGAAGUGCAAUGGCGAUCGCUGAUCCGCGGUGAGCACAGAUCGACACGUUCCCUUCGUAAUACGGGAAUACGAAUAAGACUAUAAACUAAUAACGUGCGGUCGUUGACAUGACUAAAACUUUAUAAAACACGUGUUUAGGUAUAUUACCUAUAAUUUAGGGUAUUGUCAAUUGUUGAUAUAGUUUAAUUGCCACCUCUCACCCAUGCACUGAAUAUUUUUUCGUCAUUUAUUACGAGUGGCCUAAUCUGCAGUAGUUGAGAAACGGGAAUAGGAGUCUCAAGAUCUAGUAAUAUGCAAAAUAAUAUUGAAGUGACCCCGUUUUGCGUCAGCUUGUAACAAUUAUAAGUCGAACGUGACGCAAUGAAUUCCGUGACCAAUUGUGUUUAUACUUUAAUCGCUUGUAUCGCUUAUCAGCUAUUAUACAAUGUCAUCAACCGGUAUUCAGAGAUUUACGACUUAACUUUGUCGUGAAAUGAUAUGUUUCUUGUAAUUCUGAUCAUGAUGAUCGAGCAUUGAUUUAUUAUAAAGUAUUUCACGUCACCUUGAUGGACGUGCAUGAUUUUUGUUUACUUUAGAGAAAUAUUUCACGAUAAAUGUGUGCGUCUGUUCACCUAUAAUAUUAUGUUACGUACUUUUGACACGUAUACAGGACGCGAACUUAUUGCUUGUAAUAAAACUUGCAUAAGUCAUGUGGAGGCUGAUAUCUAGUUAUUUAUUAUAAUUUACGCAGUAAGUUUACAUCGUCAAUUUGUAAACCUAGUUUGUGAACUUGAAAAUUAGUUUCCCUCUGUUGAUGCAGUUUGGCAAUUUGCGAUCACAUUAUAUAAAAGUAAAAACAAAUUAAAAAUUAUUAUACCAAACUUAGUGGUAAAUUCGUUGCGACGAGUGAUAUAUGCGGAUAGUGGCAGAAUGUUAUACAAGUAAUUGUGACAUGUCAUUUACAUUUACUGGCUGAACUGUCGAAAUGGUCGAUAUCCGUGACAUUUUGCUGGCAUGGUGUUAUAUACCUUCCUUGCUUCGGAAGAAAGAAAAAUCCCUAGUUACUGCAAUGUACGGCAAAAGUAAUAACUGUGUCAGUCAAAGUGCAGAAUAAGUUAUUUAUAGAGUUCAGUCAGGAUUUUCAAUAAAAAAAUGUGCAAUAUCUUUCGUAUAUGAUAUGCUCAACAAUUAAAUAUCAUCAUCAUCAUCAUCACGUCGAUUGUACAAAAUUUUAAAGCACAACUUGUAUUUGCCAUGUAUAGACAAUUAAAUAUAUACAUUUGAAAGUAUAACUGAAUUUGUUCCUCAAUCGUUACUCAUACGG